UGACAAAUUGAUAUCUUGUAGUUUCUGCUUCCAGCUUUUUUUUUCCCCAAGUACUACGAGUAUUUCUAGUUCGUUUAUACGCACUUCAUUAAUAAAAGCCGCAUUAGUAAAAGCCGCACCUUCAGCCAGAAGAUUUCAAUUUUUGAAUCCCAAGAACCCGGAUAAAAAAAUGGCAUCGUCCUGGUCCGCUGCUCCUCAAGGAAGUCCUCUGGGAGGCGCACAAGGUCCACAAGAGCCUCCAUGUGGGGCCUCGGAAUUGCUAGAUGUGUACGAUGGAAUCGUACAAAAUUGGGAGCAGAAUUACGAGGUGCAGGCCUGGCGAGAUUUCGGCCGGAAUUCUGCUGAAGAGGAGUGCACAUAUGACAGGCGCGGCCACUUGUAUGUCACUACGCAAUGGGAGGAAACAAAGCGAAAAGCCCCGCUUUCAAAAACGCAGUCAUUAAGGCUUACACAUUGUGCAUUCAAACAGGUCCAGCGACGCUUAUAGCACUUAAAGAAAAAGUAGCCGGUUAGCUUUUUCCUCAUCACCUAGGUCUAUCCCCCCAUGCAAAAUACAACUGCACUUAAAUAGACUAUCGCUCGCCGAGCACGACCUUUCAGUACCUAUUGCUUAGAAAGAUAUAGUCUGUUCCUAGGAAUAGAGAACCCAAUGCAUCGGUCUGCAAGGAGACUUUGGUGACUUGGUAAAGACCAUAGGACAAGCUCUAAAGAACGGGGGCAAGGACAUCGACAAGGACUUGGAUGCUCUCUGUGAGAGCUACGAACGUAAAAAGUAUCGCAGCACUGCAGUCAUCAUUACGGCAGUUUCUACAAAUUAAGUAGACUUAUCAAAAUUCCAUAAAAUGAUGUCCAUUUUGGUUUAACAUUUUUUUUUGCUCUAACAUUCACUUGGACGAGAAAAAGCCGAGGGCACGAUGGUCUCCACCGGAAGCUGUGGAUCCCACACAAAAAGCGCGCCUCAUUCAAAACAAAACUGGAGAAUCGUUGACUUUUUUUGGCGGUAUUUUUUGCUUAUCUGAUUCUCAGCCCUAGCUGGCCACUAUCGAACUUCUCAAGGACGAACCUUGAGAUGAGAUUUGAUUUUUUGCUUGGCAUGCCUAUACGUACGCUUAUUUCACUCACAGACUCGGAUCCGAAGACUGGGGCGCGCUUUCUUGAAGUUCGUUCGCCAGACACGAACUACCAACUUGCUCGGCCUCGAAUCGAUCUAGCAGAUUUCGGCCUGAAAGCGGUUCACUUCUGUCCCGAGUUUGGAAAGCCAGAGUUCAUGUGCGCUCCUUAUUUGCCUUUUGGGGUACUGCGGAAUGAUCUCAUCCUCUGCUGUGUUGCGGAACUCGAUUCAGCGGACAAUAUUGCUAACCUCGUGCGCGAGGCACACAAGACGCAGCGGCUCCGCUGCAAGAUCCUAGAUGGCGAUAUUUGUUUCUCCGAAGAAGAGUCGGUGGAGGAAGCAACCAAUGACGCGACGACUGCGAUAGCUCUAAUGAGAGAGAGGCUACUGGCUUUGGAGGAGGCAAGAAAACAUGUUGACUUUGGCGAGAAGCUUGCUGAGGUGAAAAACCCGGUACUCGCAGUUCUUCGCUAUAAAGUUCCCGAAGAGACAUUCAGUUGCCAGCUGCUCGCGUCCUACGCCUGCGAAUACCCGCACCAUUUCCCGUGUUAUCCCACCUUUGCCAGUCUUAUGCCAAAAUGGUUCGCAAGUCACUCCAUUCUAAUAACUGAGAAAAAGGGCAUUUGUAACGGACGAGAAGUCUAAUUGUGCUAACUUUCGAUUUUUGAGUGGUUGCAUCUACUUCAACGAACUGCAACUCGAACUACAUCCUCGCUAAUUAUGCUCUAUCUGACGUAGUUGCCUCAUGCUACGUGAUACCGGAGUUCCCUAGUGGGCUUCGAGCGUGCUUGAAUCGGCAGACGACGGAUUACUUCCUGGCGUGGCGACCUUCCUUCAAUGCAGAAGAAAUGAGAAAGGACAAGGAAGCACCUGAGCAUUUCCUCAUUCAGGGCGUGAAAAGCGUUACGAAAAUUCACCUUCCGGAACCUCCCGCAGAGAGCAUAGAGGAGGAGGAGGAGAAGAGAAGGCGCGGCGCUGGCGGAUCCCCUGUCCCUGCAAAUGGCCACGGGAAACGGGGAAACGAUGAAGAGAAGGGAACUAAGAAUGCGCGGGAGACGAAAAAGCAGAAGACAGACGCUGUUGGAAACGGAGGAUCAUCGAAUACCAAGAUGGAGCAAGAACGAGUAUCAGUGGCCUCUGAAAGAAAGUGGCACCUGGCACUUUGUCCACGCUUCAUAUAUGGCAAAUCUGGCACCGGUAGCUACAGGAGAUUUCUGUCUUUCAUCGGAAGGCGGUUGCCGCUCACUGCACAUUCUGCAGAGUUUGAGCGCGUCUAUUGUGAUCAUUAUCCGGGGGACGGACAUGGGCGGAUGAAGGUAGCCUUGCGGCAUCCAGUUUACGGGUAUCAUGCCCAGGUGCAGAAGUGGUCGCUGGUCGAACCUGACUCGGCAGUGAGCGAGACGCAUCACGAAGGCAGUUGCAGCCUCGUGUUUUCGCAUGUCUCUGAUAGUGGCGAAGGCCGUACCGCUGCCGAAGUGCUGCAUCUUGAUCCUUUUUGUGAGUCCUCGGCUCGGGGCAGACAAAUGUCGCAAGAGCUGCUGGCCGCGGGUGUUGGUUUCAUCAUCAUACAGCAGUCGUCAUGGACGUCGCAUCCGGAAUUGCAGGCUCUUGUUCUUGACAAUAUUAGUUCUGGCUUGCGCCCCAUCAGUCUCGGACGCAAACACGAUUUUUCAUCGGGCUCGACGGGGGUUAGACCCAAUAUGACGCUACGCGAGCGAAUGCUGCGCGUUUUCGCUGGCGCGUCUGCGGAGCACAGGUGGUUCGAUGAAGUUGCGAUUUCCAACAAGGAGUCCCGCAGCUGGGCUUCAGGCGCUUUGGUGCUACCGAGCGAACCGCCGGAAAACGAUCGUUUUGGUCUGAAAUGUGAUCGCUGGAAGAAGAAGCGAUUGGGAUUAAGCGAAGCUGGUGACGGGACUCAUUCUGGCAGUGCUUCUAAGCCCCGCCUAGGUCAUAUCCUCCCGAGCUUUUCGGAAAGCGCACGAGCAGAUGCAGCAAUCGAAAACCUCGAUGUUGCGAGCGCUAUCUCUCCUCCGCGAGCUCUUGUUCUUGUCAUCCACGGUGGCCCACACGGCGUCACAGUUCCAGCAUUCAAUCCAAUGUGGAUGCUGCUCACGCAGUUUCUUAAGUUAUGUCUGAUUAUCAUUUCGAUCUCUAGUACUACUUGAGAAUAAAAAGUAUUCAACUCAGUUGAUGAAUACCGUAGAUUUACUACGAACUUGAGAGGAAAAAGUAUUCAACUCAGAUGAAUACCGUAGACUUUGAUGAGAAGACCUCCAGGGUAGUUGGACGAACUCGAGGCGCCUAGAAUAAACGGCUCCUAACAUAAACGUGGCCACUAUAGUUCUUUUUAUACGAACGAACUUCUUCUUUUCUAUGUAAUUUUGUUUCGUGCUCCACCAACAUUAUUUUUAUUGGGAGAGGGGCACCCUAUUUUUUCCCACACGCGAUGGUGGAAGAUCUUUAUGUUGAGAAAAAUACCACCCACGGCCCACUUCUUCAUAUCAUUGCGCCGUUUUUUUUCCGAACUAUUCGGGAAGCACUUCGUUUUCAGAGGAGUUCGUGACAGAUGGCUUAGGUACAGCUGGCGAGCGGGACGUCGAAGAUUGUGAACGCAUGACCAUGCAGCUUCUGGAACGGAUGAAACCGAAGACAGGGUCCGGACCACAGAAGGAUAUCCCAGUUUUCAUCACAUUAAGGCAGUAAUAUGUUGAUAUGAGGAGGAAAAUGAUUGAUAAUGAUGAUAUGAAAAAUAUGAUAUGAGGAAAACUGGGAUAUCCUUCUGUGAUAAUGCUAAGAUAUGAUGAUAUCCUUCUGUGAUAGGAUGAAAACUUAGGAAAGUUAACUCCUUGAUAAAUGCUAGCCUUUUCUUUUUUCUAUCUUCUUCUGCCUGGUCUUUGUUUUUUCUAGUUAGGUCUGCUCGUUCGCCACGAAUAAUACAAACCAAUGACGUUGACGGCAAUGACGUUCAGAGUUAGCAUUCGCAGUUCUUAGAAUCUGAGUCCCUGCAUUAUGCCCAUCUUUAUUUGAUACUUGCCAAUAAUUACACGCACCGAAGAAAAUAUUAUUGACAGCCAACGAGGACUCUUGGUACAAGUAUUAGAAGACAUGCUUAGUCUAACUACCGGUGGCUCGCAUGGCGGCUUUCUUACAGCGCACCUGAUUGGCAGAAAUCGGAUUCCUAAUAUCGUCGCAGGCAUCAUGCGAAAUCCCGUCACUGAUAUGGAGGCCAUGAUCCGCCAGACGGACAUCCCAGAUUGGGUAGUUUGGCCUUGAACAUUUAGCUUAUUGAAAGACACUCUGAUCUUUUAUCCUAGUAGUACCCGGAGUUAUAUAUUACUUGCAGUAGAUAAGUACGUACCCGUAUUUAUAUACUUGCACUUGCAGUAGAUACUUCACGUUUAUUUCAACAUUUCUUAUCAAUCUCUUGCAGAUUUUCACCGAGGGUCUGGGUCGCAGUGGGCGGUCGGGUCCUCAUCGUCCGCAUUUUACAGAAUUGUCCACGUCGGAUUGUGCGUGUCUGCGACGUAAAUCGCCGGUUCACUCCGCGGGAAAAGUGUCGUGUGACGUCCUGAUGCUUCUGUUAAGGACGGAAAAGUUUUGCUCAAAUUUUCCCUCGAUGAUAUCUAUAGUAUAGUUCUUUUUUAAAUAAAAAGAUUACUUGACUCUUUUGUUUUUGUUUCCUAGUUAGGUGUGCUCCACCGAUAUCUAUUGAAGAACACACUGAUUUUAGUCAUGGAUGAUCUUAGUCAUGGAUAGAUCAUCCACGUACUUUUGAAUGAUGCCGUUGGUAAGAAGGUUACAUCCGCAUGAGGAAGCAGUAAGCCGAGCGCUGUGAACACUGGCAUAAGCACAUGAAUAACCUGAAGGUUGUGUUCCAGAAAAAGAGAAGUAACAGGAUAAGCUUAACAAUAAGCAUCAAAAAGCUUGAUCCGAUCAUUACUAGCACAAACGUGAAAGCGCUACUAUAAGUACUCGACUUAGAAGCUGGAUAGUACUAAGAGAGGCAUCAUGAUAAUAAGUACUUAGUUAUUUGCCGCUAAUUCGCGGAGACAAUGAUCGUCGAGUGCCCAUGGAGCCGAAUGGCAAAGCGUAUGUGUCUCUGCUACGUCGUCUGCGAUCUUCAGGCACGGCAGCAAGGCGAGAGGUGCGCGAAGAGGUGUUCGCGGGAGAAGGGCACGGGUUUGAGAAAGAGAACUUCGUCGCUAAGGCGAACCUUCUGACUCUGGAAUGGGUAAGAUCGAAGAUGUAG